AUGUUCAGUGUAGUCACGACCUACCUCAUCAUCAUAAGAUACAUUCAGAUCCUCGAGGGGAGGAUACAGGCUCUGGAGGAAUGCAUUGAAAAGUUGCGGCGCGACGCAAAUAAAGAAUCUUGUACCACAUCUCCAGAUACUAAUCCUUCACCUACUGCAACUCAGGGGCCAGAUGCCGCUCUAAGCUGUUUAUACGCACAAGACCCACAAAUUCAGUCUGUUCCCUUUGAUAACGGUGUUUCCUCGGCCACAUUGGCAGAGGAAACUGAAAUUCCUGAAACUGGUGACCUUGCUCAUGUUGCACUUGCUCAAGACAUGACGAAAUUAUCCAUGAGUCCAGGAAGUACAGAUCGAUUUUUUGGACAAGCCAGUGUUUUCAUGUUCGCCAGGGAUGUAUACAUUGUCAGAGAGUCUGUCACUGGAGAUAACGCAGGCCUAGAUCCUAAACAACAUCGUAGACUCACUUUUUGGGACACUAGGCCUUGGGAGGUAUCUUUUGUCACUGCGUCGGAAGAACAUUAUGUUUAUCCUGAGGAAGACUUGUUGCUUAACCUUGUGGAACUUUACUUCGAGAAAACAAAUAGCAUGAUCCCGGUUCUUCAUCGGCCAACUUUUAUGAAAUCUCUAUGUCUUCGACAGCACCAUUGGGAUCCAUCAUUUGGAAUGAUAGUUCUUUUGGUUUGUGCGCUUGGUUCGAAGUACUCACAGGACCCACGCGUAAAUGAACCUGACGAUUCCUCUGGGCUAUCAUCUGGCUGGAAAUACUUCAGUCAAGUUCCUAUACAUCGGAAAGUCAUGCUAGUAAAGACGACUGUUUAUGACUUACAAUAUUUCAGUCUUGCUGCACAAUACCUUAUGAGCACAUCAAUGCCACAAGCGUCUUGGGACGUCUUAGGAAUCGGCUUACGAUACGCUCUGGAGCAGGGUGCACACCGUCGUAAAGGUCAAAAUCAAACACGCUCCGCCGAAAACGAAUUGCGAAAGAGAGCCUUCUGGUUUGGGGCCAUAGUCUGCCUUGAUCGAAUUGGAAGCUCAUUUCUAGGUCGCCCGUGUGCUUUCCCCCAUGAAACAUUUGAUGUUGAGUAUCCCGUGGAAUGCGAUGAUGAAUAUUGGGAGACGGACGAUCCAGCGCUGGCAUUCCAACAGCCAGCAGGAAAGCCAUGUUCUAUCACCGGUUUCGUUUGUUUGAUCAAACUAUGUGAAAUCCUUGGGUUUGUACUUCGAACCCUGUAUUCCAAUAAAAAAUCGAGGCUUCUUUCGGGCUUCGUUGGUAAUGAUUGGGAGGGACGCAUGGUUGCUGCUUUAGAUUCGGCCAUGAACGAAUGGAAAGAUUCCCUCCCUGACUACCUACAUUGGGACCCUGACAGGCCGAAUUCUCUUUUCUUUCAUCAGUCAGUAAACCUGCACGCGACGUACUACUAUGUACAAAUGCAGAUGCAUCGUCAGUUCUUAACCAAGAAAAAUUCAAUUACUUUCACUUCAUUGGCUAUGUGCUCGAAUGCUGCAAGAGCAUGUGCCCGUGUUUUAGAGGCAGGAAUGACUAGGGGUCUUCGUGUGCUGCCGAACACGAUGAUUGCCGCCUUUACUGCGGGAGUGCUCAUGGUACUCGCUUUCUACGGUGGUCAAUGUGCAGAAACUGAAUACAUUAGCAAUCCCGAAGAGGAAAAAAGCAUCUACAACAAGUGUGUUAAUGUUCUCAAGGAGUGUGAAAGAAGGUGGCACCCAGCAGGCCGACUGCGUGAUAUAUUGAAUGAGGUUGGCACUUUGAAUCAAUAUUUCCCCGUUCCCGCAGCUUCGAAUCGGAAGCGCCGUCGUCACUUAUUUGAUGCAGAAUUCUCAGCACAGCCAUCUAUCUCUUCAGCUGGGACUUCAAAUCAUCCGCAGCACGUCACUCCGGAUACCUCAUCGUCAACGUCGACUUGUAGUGAAGAAAUGCUACCAUAUGAUUCGGACCUUCAAAACUUGAUGCUUGCUGAAAUGGGUUAUGUACCAGGAGACUUCAAGGAAGGUGUGCAAGACUGCGCAGACUUGAAUAGCGAUACAACCGACAACUCAUGCAACAUUCCACCUUCUGAUGAUUUGACGCUGGGAGCAGACAUGUUUGGGAUGUGGUUGGAGCUAGUCUCUGCAUCAAGCAAGUAUGGCUUGUUCCCUUAA